CGCCCAGCGCCGCGCGUGACCCGGCGGCGCCGCUGCCCUCGCUCCCGGCUCCAAAAUGCCGCUUCUCAGCGUGCCCAAAGAAGUGGCCGUCGGGACGGCGAUGCUGGGGGUCGCCUUUGCCACGGGUAUGCUUGCAGGUAAAAGAUACCCUUCUUUCAUUUUUGGGACCCCGAGUGGUAUGAUGGGGAAGAAUAGUCCUCUCCGGCAGUACAUACUGGAUCACUCCUUGCGGGAACAUCCAAUUCUAAAGAAGCUGCGUCUGCUCACUGCUGAUCAUCCCCGGGGCAGAAUGAUGGUGUCCUGUGAGCAGGCUCAGCUUAUGGCAAAUUUGCUCAAACUCAUUAAAGCCAAGAAAGUUAUUGAAAUAGGUGUGUUCACAGGUUAUAAUGCCUUGAGUAUGGCACUUGUCCUGCCAGAUAAUGGCCAAGUUAUUGCCUGUGAUGUAAAUGAGGACUAUGCCAAAAUUGGAAGGCCACUGUGGAAGGAGGCAGGAGUAGAGCAUAAAAUUGACUUGCGGAUUAAGCCAGCAAUUCAAACACUUGAUGAACUGUUGGCCAAUGGAGAAGUGGAAACCUUUGACUUUGCUUUCAUUGAUGCCGAUAAAGAAAGCUACAAUGAGUACUAUGAAAAAUGCUUGCGCCUCAUAAAGAAAGGGGGAAUAAUAGCUAUCGAUAAUGUCUUUUGGAAUGGAAAGGUGCUAAAACCAAGGAAGGAUGACUUGGCAGCGCAGAGCAUCCACCGCCUCAAUGAGAAGCUUCUCAGAGAUGCACGUGUCAAUAUCAGCAUGCUCCCAGUGGGAGAUGGAGUCACAUUAGCAUUCAAGUUGUAACUCGAGGAAGCCCAGCAGAUGAGAAAUAUCAAUCAAAUCAUCAGGAAAAAUUGAGAUGGAACAGUAUCAAAAAUUCAAUUUAACUUAUAACUCCACUGGAUAGCAUAGCCUGGGAAAGUAGACUUCAGGAGCAGCUGGAUCCUAAGGGCAGCUAAGUAGAGAAGAGAGAUUUAUUAUGAGAUCUACUAUGGUAUCUUACUUCAAUUGUAAUAAAGGAAAUAAACUUA